GGAGAGAAGCAGCAUCUGUGGCGAGAGAAAGAACCUGCAUGGAAUGGAGGAGCGCUAGUGCAGCACUGUUGCUGUUGUCUGGACAUUCAGUACCUCCACAACCACUGUUAAUCACUGUUAAUGGGAUAGACUCAGAGCAGCUCUGGGAUGCCAAAGGUACCAGCUGCGUGGAUCAAGUGCCACCUCUGAUAUGAUGUGGGGAGCAGGAGGGGCAGCCACCUCUCUUACACUGCUGCUGCCAUUGCUGUGCUGGUGCUACCUGUGCAACUCACUGCGGAUUCCAAAACUCUCCUCCUACGCAAAAGCAGAAGACAAACUAUUCAAAUAUCUCUUUGAAAACUACCAGAAAUGGGUUCGUCCUGUGGAGUACCUAAACCAGACAAUCCGUGUGAAGUUUGGGCUAGCUAUCUCCCAGCUAGUUGAUGUGGAUGAGAAAAACCAACUAAUGACAACUAAUGUUUGGAUGAAACAGGAGUGGACUGACAUGAAACUCAGGUGGAAUCCUGAUGAAUACCUGGGCAUCACAUCUAUCCGAGUUCCCUCAGACAGGAUCUGGCUGCCUGAUGUUGUGCUGUAUGAUAAUUCAGAUGGACGUUUUGAGGGCACUGUCACCAAGGCUGUUGUGAAGUACAAUGGAACAAUAACGUGGACACCCCCAGCCAACUACAAGUCAGCCUGUACCAUUGAUGUCACCUUCUUCCCUUUUGACCUCCAGAACUGUUCGAUGAAGUUUGGCUCCUGGACCUAUGAUGGCUCCCAGGUGGACAUAAUUCUUGAGGAAUUCCAUGUGGACAAGCAGGACUAUUUUGAUAAUGGUGAAUGGGAGAUAGUGAAGGCCACAGGCAGCCGUGGUCUGAGAGCUGAUGGCAGCUCUUCCUAUCCCACCAUUACCUACUUCUUUAUUAUCCGCAGGUUGCCUCUUUUCUACACCCUCUUUCUCAUUAUUCCUUGCAUUGGCCUGUCCUUUCUCACUAUCCUUGUUUUCUAUCUGCCUUCAAAUGGUGGUGAGAAGAUCUCUCUCUGCACCUCAGUGCUGGUGUCACUCACUGUCUUCCUCCUGGUCAUUGAGGAGAUCAUUCCCUCCUCUUCAAAGGCAAUCCCGCUCAUUGGGGAGUAUCUGGUCUUUACCAUGAUUUUUGUCACACUUUCCAUCAUUAUUACUGUCUUUGCCAUCAACAUCCACCACCGCUCUUCCUCUACACAUCACGGCAUGGCACCAUGGGUGAGAAGAAUUUUCCUGCAUCGACUUCCUAAGCUGCUAUGCAUGCGCAGUCACGUGGACCGUUAUGCCACAGCUGGAGUGGCCAGAUCUAGAGAAUCAGGGGGACUGGAUGGGAUAAAGGACUCAACACCUGAGCUCACUCAACUUCUCUACACACGACACAACCUAGAAGCUGCUUUGGAGUCUAUUCGCUACAUUACCAUGCACGUGGUUAAAGAAAAUCAGGUCAGAGAGGUUGUUCAAGAUUGGAAGUUUGUAGCCCAGGUUCUGGAUCGAAUGUUUUUGUGGGCCUUCCUCUUGGUGUCAGUCCUUGGUUCUGCUCUCCUCUUCAUCCCAGUUAUUUACAAAUGGGCCAACAUCAUUGUCCCUGACCAUGCUGGGAGUACCCUCUAAUAAUCACAGUUAACCUAACCACAAAUGGAAGCAAAGGACAUACACAGCUACUUAAAGUCAUAUUUGAGAUAUGAUUGUAGCCCUCAUCGGGGUUAUUCUGUGUGCUACAGGUGUGCCAGAGCUGCACAGGUGCAGCUUUGGGUGUCUUGCUUGCAGAGUGGAGAGAAACAGGCUGUGACUCAAAUCUGUAAUAUGUACUCUUCCUAUGCAGGCUUUCAGUAUAUUGCAUUGAGACUGGAAACAUGAAUAAAAGUAUACUCAAAGUAGGCAUUUAUACUAAAUACUGUCAAAUUGUGAGUGUGUUUGUGAUAAAUAAUAAUAUUCAACAAAGCACAAAUGAAACAGAAGAGCCCUUAGUAAUAAAAUGUGGCACUGGUGGAGCAAGGAAAUUUCCGGAAAUCUUUUGGGAAACAGUAUAUGACGAUUGGUAUGUCGCAGAGUACAUAGA